AUGUCCAGGCCAACCCGCGCUGUCGAGCUGGUUCGCCUGGUGCCCAAGAAGCUGCGCUGUCAUCUGCAUGCCUCCCUUUCCUGCUCAGCCGUCGUGGAAGAGUUGCCCAAUGUCCCCAGCUACCACAGCUCUGCUCCUCCCUCCCACAUCCCUGUCCUCGUCCCUAGGAAAGCGAAGGCUGGCCUGAGCAACCCCGGUUUUCGGAAGGAAGAAGCUUCCUGCUUGGCCAUCGGGGGACAACCAACAGGCAAAUACCCCACGGUGAAGUUUCCAAAGGUGGAUUCUGGCUCUUCCAGGCUGCCAAUACCGGCCUCCCAAGCUCGACCAUCUGCCCCAAAGAGCUUGCACACCCUCGCUGUGCCACCUACGCCAAAGGCUCCCAAGAGGAGGAAAUCCUCUUCCCAAGAAGUAAAUGUGGAGGAGCUGAGACUGUCCCCAGUCAAUGCCUGGCCAGACCAGUCCAGUCCACAGGAAGAACCCAGCAGCCCCCCCAGACGGGGCAGCUCAGCGCCAGCCAGAGUAGCGCCAUCAUCAAACGAUCGGCUGCAGGAGUGGGUGCGGCUCUUCAAGGACCGAACUGAGAAAGUCAAAGAGAAGCUGACGGACCCCGACGCCUCCUCCGAGGAUGAGACCCCUGCAGCCUCUCCUUCCAAAGAGAAAAUCUCAGAGGAGAAAGACAAAAAAGCCGAGGAAGAUGGAGAGGGGCGUUUCCACGAAAUUCUUUGCUGCAGGUUUAAGUAUCACCCCUUCCUCUGCCACAUGAGGAAAGUCCAGUUCCCCAGCAGUAUUGACCCUUCCUCCAAUCUGAUGUACGUGUUGUGGCUCUUACUUGUGGUCCUGGCGUGGAACUGGAACUGCUGGCUGAUUCCGGUCCGCUGGGCUUUCCCAUAUCAAUCACCUGAGAAUGUCUAUUACUGGAUGGCUAUUGACUACUUCUGUGAUUUCAUCUACUUCCUGGACAUCGCCGUCUUUCAGGUCCGCCUGCAGUUUGUCCAUCAAGGAGAUAUUAUUACUGAUAAGAGAGCCAUGAGGAAGAAUUACCUGAAGUCCCAUCGUUUUAAGAUGGAUGCCCUCUGCCUUCUCCCCCUGGAUUUCUUCUACUUCAAGGUUGGCGUGCAUCCUCUCCUGCGCUUGCCUCGCUGCCUAAAGUACCUGGCCUUCUUUGAGUUUAACAACCGCCUGGAAGCUAUUUUGAGCAAGGCCUAUGUUUACAGAGUCGUAAGGAUUACGGCCUACCUGCUCUUCAGCCUGCACCUGAACUCCUGCUUGUACUACUGGGCCUCCUCCUUCCAGGGGAUUGGCUCCACUGCCUGGGUCUACGACGGCAGAGGAAACAGUUACAUCCGUUGUUAUUACUGGGCUGUCAAGACGCUCAUCACCAUCGGGGGGCUGCCGGACCCCCACAACAUCUUUGAGAUCGUUUUUCAGCUUCUCAAUUACUUCACAGGUGUCUUUGCUUUCUCAGUGAUGAUCGGCCAGAUGAGGGAUGUUGUUGGUGCUGCCACAGCAGGACAAUCGUACUAUCGGAGCUGCAUGGAUAAUACCAUAAAAUAUAUGGCUUUGUACAGAAUUCCCCGUUCGGUUCAGAACAGAAUCAAAACUUGGUAUGAAUAUACUUGGCAUUCCCAAGGCAUGCUGGACGAAUCCGAGCUGCUCUUUCAGCUGCCCGAAAAGAUGAAGCUGGACAUCGCCAUCGACGUGAACUACAGCAUUGUGAGCAAAGUGCCGCUCUUCCAGGGCUGUGAUCGGCAAAUGAUUUUUGACAUGCUGAAGAGGCUGCGAUCCGUGGUGUACUUACCUAACGACUACGUGUGCAAAAAGGGAGAGAUCGGCCGGGAGAUGUACAUCAUUCAGGUUGGACAAGUCCAAGUACUUGGGGGACCGGAUGGGAAAACUAUUCUUGUGACCCUGAAAGCCGGCUCUGUGUUUGGAGAAAUAAGUUUACUAGCUGUGGGAGGUGGAAAUCGUCGUACCGCUAAUGUUGUGGCACAUGGAUUUACUAACCUUUUCAUUCUGGAUAAGAAGGAUUUGAAUGAAAUUCUGGUGCACUAUCCAGAGUCCCAAAAGCUGCUGCGGAAGAAAGCUAGGCGAAUGCUGAGGAACAACACCAGGCCCAAAGAAGAGAAGGUCCUCAUCAUCCCUCCCAGGGUUGGGACCCCCAAACUCUUCCAAGCCGCCCUGGUGGCUGCAGGCAGAAUGGGGGGCAAAGGCAGACUGGCUCACCUCCGCUGGAAACUGAAGGAGCUGAAGGCAAUCCAGGCUGCCACUUCCACACCAGUUGUCCCCAAGUCAGCAGCUAGCCAUGAUUCACCAGCUGGUUCCCCCAAGCCCAACAACUGUGGAACAGAGACGAAGACCUCCAGGAGUCCCAAUCAUCCUGUUCGGGUUUCCAUGAGUCCCACCCCUGCUGGGGAUGAAGAGGUUCUCUUGGUGGAAGUCUUAGAAAAAGGGGAACCUAAGUAGAAGAACCAGAUGAGCCUCCCUAUCUGUGCAAGUCCUUGCUAGUUGCAUUUGCACGGAUUGGGCAGCCAUUCAAAAUAAGCUCUAAUGUUGUGCUAUUAAGUCAGCUGAGAGGGAGACCCCCUAUGCUUUUUUACACUUUAUUUAGAGAACAAGUUUGGCGUCAUGGCUGAGGCAUCAGGCUAGAAACCAGGGGACUCUGAGUUCUAGUCUCCCUUAGGUAAUGGUAAACAACUCCUGAAAAACCUUGCCAAGAAAACUGCAUGGACUUGUCCAGAUAGUCCAUGAGAAUUGGGACGCGACUGAACGAAGGGGAAAAAAAACUUUACACAACGAGCUAUUUAACUGCAUCUUUAGAAGAAUUUCAGCAAAAAUCCAAGAGAAAUUAGAGCAAGUGAAAUCUCUAUUAAGCAAUGUUGGCUUUAUGCAGGUUCCAAAUGUACAGUAAAUAUAUUUGUUCAAAACACCUUCUGUUGUGUGGCCUUUUAAUGUAUUUGCACAGCACAAA